AUGCCGUUCACCAAACUUACCCUCAAGUCCGUUGUAUACGUUGCAGACCGACCCCGCCUGGGAGUGAACAACCUUUACAAAAUUCCCUCAGUGCUUCCAUGGACAACGGCAGGAACUGAAGUUCAGCCUCAGCACGGUCUGUUGUUGAAUGUUUUUACUCCUGCACCAAUGCCAUCUGGCUCGGAUCCCGCAUCCUGGUUAAUCUUUGACGGGCAGUUCACAGCUACCUCGUGGAAACCUGUCGCUGACGUCUAUACACACGCCGCGAGUUUCUACUCUACCGUCGGGCACAGGCCUACAGAAUUACAGCACGUACAAUUAGAAGGAGUUCUUGAGGUCGCAAUGACAGGGAGCAAGGUUGUUGCCAUUGAUCCAGACACAGAGGAAGUAAGUGUCUCCUUUAUACAUAUAACUUGCAUUCCGUUUUCUGACUACUGCCCGCAGUCCUGCUUGUUCCAUUUGUCAACGAGUUCGCGCCCUGUCAUGGAGAUUUUCCGGUACAGUGAUAUUGGUGACUGGAUAUGGAUUACCGGCAAUAUAGACCGUCGGGUUGGUUCUGUUCUUGACAUCGAUGUAAGUCAUGUUGGUAAAGUCUAG